AUGGACUCAAUAGACUUCAAAACAAAUCCUCUAAAUCGAAUAAUCGGACUUUCAGUUAUAUUAUCUGUCGGAUUCUUGCUAGUAAUAUUAGCAGGAAUAUAUGGGAAUUGGUUUCCCAUUGUAAUUGGAAUCAUAUUUGCAGUGGCAUACCUUCCUGUGGCUAUUACAAGGAGAGUCACCAGUUUUGAUCCAUUUAGCACACCCAAUACUAACGUAUUGGCAGAACUGGCACAGUUCUUGUCAGCUUUCUUGUUAGUUAGUGGACUCUACUUGCCAAUUGUUUUGCACCAUUCGUUCAUAUUAACCACCACAGCGGCAACAUUGACCAUAAUUGGUGGGGUCUUAAUUUUCGGAACAGUCUACACAUUCAGUCAUUAUUUCGAUGAACCAGCUGAUGAGGAUGGGUUAGGAGAUUUGUGA